AUGGCUGAAGUAGCUUUCGUUGCCUCGAUCAUCCAAGUUGCUGACAUUGGCAUCCGCCUCAGUCUACGGUUAUAUGCUUUUGGCGAGACAGUCGCGAGUGCCGAUCAAGCGAUCCUAGCAAUCUCCAAGGACGUUUCGCUGACCUCAUCCGUGCUGAAAGAGCUAGGCAAUACCUUUGAAGGAGAUAAAGAAAACGUGCGUUCACAGAAUGCAGUCGAGACAGCAGAAACGAUUGUACGGGAAUGUGCAAAAGUCUUCGAAGAGAUGGAUACAAUGCUACUAGCGAAAGUUCCCGGCCUCCAAUCAAUCUCUACAGACAGGAAGUUUCGAGCCAAGAACCUCUUGGAACGUUUGCGAUGGCCUACAAUCAAAGGAAAGAUUCAAUUGCUUAACAGUAAUUUAGAUCGCCUAAAGAGUACGCUCACUCUAAUGCUCAAUGUGAUAGUAUAUGCCCGACAAAUUUCUGAGAAGACUGAAGCGCCACAUACGAUUGCAGAACAACGCCAGCUCAUUGAAGAUUUGGUUGCCGUAAAUCAGGAUAGAAGCAUCAAACAUGAUCAAAUGAAACUCAUGGAAUGUGCUGACCACACAACGAUUGAUGAAGAAGGGUCGAUGGCCACCCAGAGAAAUUUUAGCCUUCCGCUGAAGUUUUAUAAACCUGGGCCUCUAGAAGCUGAGAGAAGAGGCUUUUUAGAGACUCUAAAUCUUGACAACGACAGCAUUAAGCCAGGAAAUCUUUGGGACAACGGAAUACGAGGCGUAGUAGAACAAUAUACUAGGCUUCGUAAAAAUUUGCUUGCCGAGAUUCGUUCGUCACGCUAUUCUAUCGAGGACGAUUCAAAAAUCCGGCUUAAAAGACAUAUCGACAUCGCUCACGAGAGCGAGCUCAGUCUCGUGCUGAAUGAUUCUUGGCCUCUUAUUUCUAGAAGAAGACUGAGCUCAGAUACCCCGGUUUCUCCUGCGGAACAAGGGACAUUCUCUCCCGAUUUGAAACCCGCGAAAUUUGAUCUCUCUUCGGGUUUACAGAGUACUCAGCACUCGCAAGCAGCCGGGCAAUUUACCGGCCCUUUUCUACAAUCAUAUCUAGUGGAAAAGGGAGAGGACGCGACCGGAAAGGCCGCAGUCAGCUUUUUGGAGAGCCAGACGCAGAAUAUAUCUAGCGAUGCCUCGCCUUAUAAGUCUGAUAUUCAAAAGACGGUUGAUCAAGACUAUUUGAUGAGCGAUUAUGGUAGUCACUCCGGCAGUCGCUCACCUUAUCGAUCCCGGAUGAGUGCCACCCAUGCGGGACAAAGCUUUCAGAAUGAAGUCCGCAGCCCACUCGAUCAAGAACCAGUCAUUCUUGAGCAGCCAAAGAAACCUCAGUGUUGGGACCACGUUUGCAACGGGCGCACCUUUUCGACCUUUAGUAACCUUCUUAGACACCAACGUGAGAAGUCGGGUUCUUCCUCUAAAUCGGUUUGUCCAAGAUGCGGUGCCGAAUUCACCAGCAAGAAGGCUCGUGAUGGGCAUAUGGCCCACGAUGAGUGCAAGGCAAGACAUAGGGCGCAGUUAGAGCACGGGCGAGAAGAGCCUUCGUCCUUCGAUACUAGUCAUCCAGCUACUUCAGGCCCGCACACUCUUAAAGAUACAUCUUUGCCUCCAAAUGGAGCUGGCAAAGUGACCGUAGAUACAACAUCUAUAGCAAUGCGUAGAGUUCAGAGAAGGAAGAGUACACAUGUUCGUGCCAAAUGCAGACCCCACUCAAGAUGGGACGCACAUCGACAAGAAUUUCCGUUUUCUCUAUGUCCACAAGCAACGAUGCCCGAUGAUCGCUCGCAAGAACCUGUAUCAACGGUUUCUUCCAAGCAGGGUGCAAGACAAGAGAAGACGCCUUCGGAUGGGGAAGGGGGAAAGCGACGUAAGCUAGGAAAACAAGCCAGUGCAAAGAAUCUUUCGUCCAUAGAUGGUGGCCUCUCGAAUGGUAGUAUGAAGGCCAAUGAGUUGUUGGCUACUUGGACGAAUUUGAAGAUGGUAUAG